AUGAAGCGCGCCAAUUCUAGCCUCCUGGAGGUUUGGAACUUCUUCCCAUUGCAGAGCCUGCCGGCAGUGGCGUGGGAGGAGGCCCCCCCACGGCCGGGGUGCAUUGUGACUCUCGACUCGCGCUACAGCCCUGAGGGCGUGCACACCGUGGAGGCGGCUGUAGCGCGACUGCUGAGGGAGCUGGGGGGGGAGGUGGCGGAGGUGGGGGGAGGGGGGAGUGGGGGAUCUGGGGGUGAGGGAGAAGGGGGAGGGGGAGAGGGGAGAGGGGGAGAAGGGAUACGGGGAGAGGAAGUGGAAAGAGAGGGUGUAGGGGCUGGGGUGGGCGAUGGGGGACAGGAAGGGCAGAAGGGGGGAAUGGGGGAACGUGAUGAGGGGGAGGUGGAAGGGGGGAGGCGGCUGAAGGGAGGAGAAGUGGAGAGCAAGGGGGAAGGAGAGGGGGAGGGGGGGCUGAACGGGGAGGGCAAGAAGGCAGAGGGGGGAAAAGGGGAGGGCGAUGGUGAGGGGAACGCGGAGGGUAAGGAAGAGGGGAAAGGUGAGGGGAAGGAGAAAGAUGAGGGCUCGAAGGAGAAGCAAGAAGGGGGAGGGAGGGGCGGGGAGGCGAUGCCAGAGGCGUGGCAGCGGUUCUAUGAGGCACUGCCCAAGGUGGUGGAUGCGGAGGGCCAUGAGAACAUGUGGAAAUUCCCCAUCUGGGUUGCCCUCGCCGUCAACAUGUGCGUGUGUGGUGCAGUAGGCAUGCGCAUGUGUGGUGUAAUAGGCAUGUGCGUGUGUGGUGCAGUAGGCAUGCGCGUGUGUGGUGCAGUAGGCAUGCGCGUGUGUGCUGCAGUAGGCAUGCGCGUGUGUGGUGCAGUAGGCUUGUGCGUGUGUGGUGCUGUAGGCAUGCGCGUGUGUGCUGCAGUAGGCAUGUGCGUGUGUGGUGCAGUAGGCAUGCGCGUGUGUGCUGCAGUAGGCAUGUGCGUGUGUGGUGCAGUAGGCAUGCGCGUGUGUGCUGCAGUAGGCAUGCGCGUGUGUGCUGCAGUAGGCAUGCGCGUGUGUGCUGCAGUAGGGAUGCGCGUGUGUGCUGCAGUAGGCAUGCGCGUGUGUGGUGCAGUAGGCAUGCGCGUGUGUGCUGCAGUAGGCAUGUGCGUGUGUGGUGCAGUAGGCAUGCGCGUGUGUGCUGCAGUAGGCAUGCGCGUGUGUGCUGCAGUAGGCAUGUGCGUGUGUGGUGCAGUAGGCAUGCGCGUGUGUGCUGCAGUAGGCAUGCGCGUGUGUGCUGCAGUAGGCAUGUGCGUGUGUGCUGCAGUAGGCAUGUGCGUGUGUGCUGCAGUAGGCAUGUGCGUGUGUGCUGCAGUAGGCAUGCGCGUGUGUGCUGCAGUAGGCAUGCGCGUGUGUGGUGCAGUAGGCAUGCGCGUGUGUGCUGCAGUAGGCAUGCGCGUGUGUGGUGCAGUAGGCUUGUGCGUGUGUGGUGCUGUAGGCAUGCGCGUGUGUGCUGCAGUAGGCAUGUGCGUGUGUGGUGCAGUAGGCAUGCGCGUGUGUGCUGCAGUAGGCAUGUGCGUGUGUGGUGCAGUAGGCAUGCGCGUGUGUGCUGCAGUAGGCAUGCGCGUGUGUGCUGCAGUAGGCAUGCGCGUGUGUGCUGCAGUAGGCAUGCGCGUGUGUGCUGCAGUAGGCAUGUGCGUGUGUGGUGCAGUAGGCAUGCGCGUGUGUGCUGCAGUAGGCAUGCGCGUGUGUGCUGCAGUAGGCAUGUGCGUGUGUGCUGCAGUAGGCAUGCGCGUGUGUGCUGCAGUAGGCAUGCGCGUGUGUGCUGCAGUAGGCAUGUGCGUGUGUGCUGCAGUAGGCAUGUGCGUGUGUGCUGCAGUAGGCAUGUGCGUGUGUGCUGCAGUAGGCAUGUGCGUGUGUGCUGCAGUAGGCAUGUUCAUAUGUGAGGCCAUCGUGGUUCAAGGUGAGGUCAUCGUGGUUCAAGGUGAGGCCAUCGUGGUUCAAGGUGAGGCCAUUGUGGUUCAAGGUGAGGCCAUCGUGGUUCAAGGUGAGGCCAUCGUGGUUCAAGGUGAGGCCAUCGUGGUUCAAGGUGAGGCCAUCGUGGUUCAAGGUGAGGCCAUCGUGGUUCAAGGUGAGGCCAUCGUGGUUCAAGGUGAGGCCAUCGUGGUUCAAGGUGAGGCCAUCGUGGUUCAAGGUGACGCCAUCGUGGUUCAAGGUGAGGCCAUCGUGGUUCAAGGUGAGGCCAUCGUGGUUCAAGGUGAGGCCAUCGUGGUUCAAGGUGACGCCAUCGUGGUUCAAGGUGAGGCCAUCGUGGUUCAAGGUGAGGCCAUCGUGGUUCAAGGUGAGGCCAUCGUGGUUCAAGGUGGGGCCAUCGUGGUUCAAGGUGAGGCCAUCGUGGUUCAAGGUGAGGCCAUCGUGGUUCAAGGUGAGGCCAUCGUGGUUCAAGGUGAGGCCAUCUUGGUUCAAGGUGAGGCCAUCGUGGUUCAAGGUGAGGCCAUCGUGGUUCAAGGUGAGGCCAUCGUGGUUCAAGGUGAGGCCAUCGUGGUUCAAGGUGAGGCCAUCGUGGUUCAAGGUGAGGCCAUCGUGGUUCAAGGUGAGGCCAUCGUGGUUCAAGGUGAGGCCAUCGUGGUUCAAGACUCGCUGGAGGGGCAGGUGUGGCUCCCACAGGACCCCGCCCUGCUGCUACAGCCGCCCUCCGCACCACAGCUGGAAGGAGGGCCCGUGGCUCUGAUACCACGCAACGGCGACUCGAGGGAGGGGUUCUUUGGGGAGGCAGAGGCGCUGUUCCGCAAGGACACGGACUACGUCAAUGCUGGCGUCAUGCUGUGGCGGAGAUCGCCAGCCACCUUCAACGUGGGGGGGAUGCUGGUCCGCAAGGACACGGACUAUGUCCAUGCGGGUGUCAUGCUGUGGCGGAGAUCGCCAGCCACCUUCAACGUGGUUGCGUCGGUGAAUCGAAUCAUUGCCUGCUCUUUGCCCUUCCCAUCCCUCCCUCACAUACACAAUCUUUUCACUGCUCUUGUCUCCUUCCCUCCCUCUGCCCGCCCAGUUCCUCCACCACUGGUACGGCGAGCAGAGCGGCGACUACCACCAUUUGGCGACGUGUGGGAGCAGAGGCAGUCCAAUUCCUACCAGGUGGCUCGUCAAGCCCACUAUGCCAUCCCGCUGCUCUUCUCCCCUUCCCCCCCUCUGCUCUUGCAGUUCUUGCGGCAGUGGUACAGCGAGUACAGCGGCGACUACCACCUGUUCGGGCAUGUGUGGGAGCAGGACCGGCUCAACAAGGUGGUGCGCUGGCCGCAGUGGCGGGAGAGGGUGCUCAUCGUGCCCCACCAGGAGCUCACAGGGCCGCAGGGGGCCAUGGUGCGGCACGUGUGGGGGGGGUUGGCAAGUGAGGAGCGCGACCGGGUGGUGUAUGCGGCGCUGGAGGACGCACUGGGCCGCCUGCAGCCACGGCAGUCAGGGCAGUGA